CUUCCGGCACAACCCUGCCUGGUUUCAUGUCCUUUUGUUUGCCAAUCAUUUGGUUGAAGACCUAUCUCCCCUAUUCUCGCUCAGAUAGAAAAUAUUACUCAAUUCUGCUAUUUUAUUCAAGAGCAAGCUAGCACAGGGCGAGUACAAUCACCUAGACGACCGACGAAAAAACCACGAUGCCAUCCGCAGACAAUCCUCCUCCUCCAGCAGGAGCAGCAGCAGCAACCACAACGACGACGACGACGACGACAAUAGCCACAACACCAGAAACAUCACGACCGUCCCAACCUCCAAUCACCGCUCUGCUUGCUUACCCUCUCACCCUCUUCGUGGGAUCCCUUUUCUCUGUCCUCUCGCCGACCGCCUACGGCAGCCGCGAGCCCAGCGCCAGCAACAACGCCAGCCCACUUCAGAACCACCCAUCGCCCUUUGCCCCAACCAUCGCCUCAGACCUGCACCUCUCCUCCUUCUCGGCCGCCGCCGCCGCCGCCAAACCCGUCAACUAUUUCGCCCGCAAGGACAAUGUCUUCAAUCUCUACUUCGUGAAGAUCGGCUGGAUCUGGACGACUCUUGCCUUCCUGCUGCUGCUGCAAACCCAAUCCGCCUUCGUCAACAAGUACAGGAGCAAGAGCAAGAGCACCAGCCCCAGCAACGACACCAGCCCUUCUACUAACCACGCCCACGCCCACGCCGCCGCCGUCGCCGAGGCCCAUCGCGCGCGCCGCACAAUGCAGGCCCUCAUCCGCUACGGCCUCGCCACGAUGGUGUGGUACCUCACCACCCAGUGGUUCUUUGGGCCGGCCAUCAUCGACCGCAGCUUCGUGCUGACGGGCGGCAACUGCGAGCGCGCCAUCCCCCAGGUGGAGAACCCUUACACGGCGACGGAUUUCGGGACGCUGGUGACGGCGGUGGCGUGCAAGAGUGCGGGCGGGGCCUGGCGCGGCGGGCAUGAUGUGAGUGGGCAUGUGCUUUUGUUGGUGUUGAUGACCUCCCUGGUCGGAUUCGAGGUCUGGGGGGCUACGAGGUGCCAGCCGCGAUUUGAGGGAGAUGAUGGUGUGAGGAAGAAGGAGGAGAGCGAAGGGCCCAGGGAGAAGAAGGACGAGGAUGCCGAUACUAUUGAUGGCGGUGGGUUGGAGGUCUGGUCGGUGAGGUUGGCCUGGGCUGUUGUGGGCCUGGGGAUGUGGAUGUUGUUGAUGACGGCUAUUUGGUUCCAUACGUGGUUUGAGAAGCUGACGGGCUUGUUGAUUGCCCUGGGUACCGUUUAUACGAUCUAUAUUCUCCCUCGGAAGGUGAUUCCGUGGAGGGAGAUUGUUGGGUUGCCGGGCGUAUAAAUGGGGUGUAUGGAUUAUGCUUUUCUUGGCUUAGGUGGCGUUGAUAUAUUGGUGGAUUGUCUGUCUGAACUCGUCUCGGCUUGCGAUACAUACAUGCAUGUUUGCAUUCCCGGGCUUUACCUGGGCUUAGAUGGCUGAGGCUGUAUUAGUCUUUUACCUGAAUGUAUAUUUGUCUAGAAUUACAUUUGUUCCCCUGCUUGACGAUUGACUUCUGGCGGAUGAAUCAAACGG